AUGGCCUCUACGACUUUGGCAGGUACUCCAGCACCCGUUGAAAGUCCUACUUUCGAAGGUACUCUCGGCACUGAAGUUGUCAAACUCAUCGUCGGGCCCAAGAGAAAAGAAUUUACCGUCCACAAGAAACUCAUAUGCGACUCAUGCGACUAUUUCCGAAAAGCUUUCCGUGGACCAUUCAAAGAAGCUAGGGAAGAAAUCAUUUAUUUGAUAGGGGACAGCGCAGAUGCCGUAGGAUUGUUCGUUGAAUGGUUAUAUCGAGACAAAAUCGAGUUCAGAAGAACCCACGCACAUUUCAACACUUUAAUCAAGCUUUAUUUGUUAACGGAGAAAUGGUGCCUUUACGAUUUGGGAAAUACUGUCACAGAUAACAUAAUAAAAAAUUUUUGGACAUCGAGAGGCAGUGAAGUUUUUUCCUGCUAUCUAUACCCGGAUGUGGUCAAUCAUAUUUGGAAUGAGACUGAAGAGAAAUCGCCACUUCGAAGACUUUGCAUUGAGCGGUUAGCCUGGGUUUAUUGGGACACUAGUAAAAUCAACGUCACUCCUGACGAAGAUAGACUAUCACAGAUUUGGAACGUUUGCAGGAAUCAUCACAAUUUCUUCUGUAGAUUUUUUGCAUAUUACCAGGAUUUCACUCAGAACGCGACACCUCCGAAUCCUGGUGAGUCAUCACUUUCAGCGGACGAUGAUGGGCCUAGAUGGUCAUCCGAGGAUUGCCAAUUCCAUCGUCAUAAUGAAGGAGAAGAAUGUAAGGAGCCUACAGAGGCAGCCGAAGACCAGACGCAGAGCAGCGCAGGGCAGAUCCAUGACUUUUUUGCGGAAAUGACUGCAAUAGAGCCUACUAACGGUGAUUCUUGA